AUGAGUCAGGCUGGAACUGUACUCGACGCACUCUACCAGGGGCUGUCUCAGGAUGACGGGGCGCAGGACUAUUUUCUAAGGGUUCUAGAUACAGUGUUGGUUUGCAUAAACGAUGGGCGGCCUGUGACAGUAGAAUCCUUGAGAGACGAGUUCGGUCUGGAUCAACCCAUGGUGCCUGGGAUCCUUGCCCACAUCCCCAAGCCCCAGCCGACCAAUGCAUCGUUUCUUAUCCAAGAUCACAUCCUAAGCGCCUUUAUGAUUAGGGAGCUAAAGGCCUGGCGAUUGAAUGCACACAGAUACUGCCGUAUCAAUCUCACCGAAAAUCGCGGCGAGGAUUGGUGGCAAGAAGAGUUGAGCAUCACGGUCCAAGAUGAGCCUCACCCGGACAAGUUUCCAGCCCGAAUCGACAACAUACACGACGCGAUGCAGCUGGAGCAAGAGCUCCAGGGCCUCGUAAAUGUGGUUCCUCCAAACCAAGCCAGCGGCUUUCCCGAGAGUCCUCAGGAGCAGCGAAAACUCGUCCGCCGACUGUACGCAGCCUUUGUCAAAAACCCCUCGCCUCCUAUCAACAGGUUCUGCACACUCAUUAUUGAGCUGCUCUGUUGGAAGCUGUUGUACGCAAUCAAAGAAGCCCAGGAAGGGACGCCUGGUCUUAUCAAAUGGCACGGUCAUCAGGCGAGUCGAGAUUGGAACUACAACACCGAUUUCGCGUCCUUCCAAGACCGCUUUAACCAUGUUGAAUACAGUCUCGGAGAAUCGAAAGCCAUGUGUAAAAACCUCGCACAGAAUUCCUGGAUUCAAAGAAUAGCUGCAGACCCGGCGGCUGAGCUUAAACGCAAGAAAAUCAAUAUGACCGGCAACGCCAAAAAGUCAGUUCAACUACAAAAGGCAAAGGAAAUUGGCGGUGGAGAGGAUAACGAUGGCGAUGACAGUAAUAAUGAGGACUCUGGCGGCGGCGGAGGGCCAGGCGGAGGGCCCGGCGGCGGGCCUGGCGGCGGAGGUUCUGGGGGCGGCGGAGGGCCAGGAGGGCCCGGCGGCGGAGGUUCUGGGGGCGGCGGAGGGCCAGGAGGGCCUGGCGGUGGAGGUUCUGGGGGCGGCGGAGGGCCAGGAGGAGGGCCAGGCAGAGUGCAACCUAAGGGUCGUGGCGGCGGUGGCCGUGGCGGAGGGGGCGCUAAGGACCGUGGGAAGACCCGUGCCUCGGCCCUGGCUGGUUCCGGCCAGGGACGGGGCUCCGGCUAG